GUAACUCUGCAGAAGAUAUUCAUUAACGGUGUAGCAGUUAUUAUAUAUCCAUAUGUUGUCGCGCCACUGUUUCUACGAGAAGAGGAAGCGAUCGGUCUAGCGAAAGUCGAAAGGGAAACAACACCGACGCCAAGCGAUCGAAGUUGUCGUGUUUCGUCCGCUGUUACUACAGUGUUGCGCACGAAACCUUGCCCAGUAGAGUGCUAUUAUUCGAGUGAGCCAAUUUUAUUGAGCUCCUGCUAAUGCUGUUGCGAGCGGCAAUAAAUGCCGCGGCAAAGGGACGCAGUAGAAUAACACUUAUCUUCUAGCCAGCCAGCCAGCCAGCCAGCCAGCCAGCCAGCCAGCCAGCCAGCUCGGAUCGUGCGUGGAGCGGUGGCCGUAAUCGUAUCGCAAAUCGAAUAUAUAAGAAAUAACGAGCUCCGAAGCCAGCAGUGUGUCACCAAAAACGUACGCCUUGACAUUCUUCACCUUGUCCUACUGUUACUGCGCAGAAUUCUUAGAGCAUUCGUUCGAUUGAACUGCAGUGGCGGGACUCCGUUUCGGCCCAACAUCGCACGGCGGCGUCCGUCUCAAAGCACGUUGCGGCCAAGAAUCGCUCCGACGAAUCCAGAGAACUAGACGACGACUGCGGCCGCGGCUACGGCUACGAAAACACGAGCGUCCGAGAAAUGGCGAUGCGUGCUCACGCGUAAAAUAGACGCAGAUGCUACGACACGAGCUGUUCACGAAAAAUCAUACGCUGGCCGUGCUAUCAUCGCGCACUAUGAAACCAUCAUCUAAGAGAAACGAAACUAUCCGUAAAACACAGGAAGUAACAACUCUAGCAUUAUGCGUAACCAUCAAAUUACGGUAUUGAAAUGCCGUCGUGUCCGUAGAUAUACUGUUGCUAUUGAAGUGACUGUGUUAUCUCAGCCGAACUGAUUGCCAGCUGUAAAUAUUAAACUGGCCGUCUAUCUUUAUAGUAAGAGUUUAUAAUCGUUGCGUAUAUGUAUGUGGAAAUGAUCUCGGAUCAUAAUUGUAGCAUGCCGAUACGUGUUGCGGUAUAAGGUCUGUUAGUUUAAUACAGGUGCAGGAAAAAAGCACAUACAGUCAGAGAAAACGGUUUUAUAGUCCGUUCGAGAUGGAUCGUGGAUGUCGUCCGAACAAGCGAGUUGCGACCACGGACACAAUCGCCAAUUAUCAACGGGAUCUUUCAGUUUGACAUUACGUGUCGAAAGCUACGACUUUCGGUGAACACGCGGAUAAAAGAGAAAAAUAUAUUGUAACUACCCGUGCAGCUUUGAACGCCACAGUUCCGACUUCUUUAGUUGUGCUAGUUUGUUAUUAUCAAUGGACUCGUUCGCAACUUUACGCGUGACCUCUUACGGAAUAGGCAUGUCGCGGAGUUCGUACUCGCAGACGGUGAGAAUCACCCGCGUCGAACGGAACUGGAAAAACGUGACCCUACUAUCGUACAAGACGAGCUCGUAUGAGUCGCAUUUUCAUCAGAGUAGCGGUUUAGGGCCCAGUCCACCAGUGGAUUUGAAUACCAAUAGCGGUCUCGGCCUAGGCGUAGGGGUACCACGGCGUCUCCUAAAGGACCUCCAGGAAGACCGCGAUCAUCGAAGGCACCGCAGCGCCUCAGCAUCUGGACAAGGGGCCUUACAGAUUCAGCCAACGCCCAAAGGGACUGAUAAGAACGGACUUGUUCGACGCAUUGAUGAUGACCUCGUUAAGCGUCGUUGUCAUGGCGGCCAAGGUUACGAGCUGUCUCAAGAUCUACUCGAUAAGCAGGUCGAGAUGCUCGAACGCAAAUACGGUGGUCUACGGGCCCGUAGAGCGGCUACUACUAUUCAACGAGCAUGGCGAGCUUACCUCAUGCAACGACGCUUCCGCGACAUCACCCAACAGGUGACACAGGCCAACAAAGAUGGCCUACUAUUAUCUAGCACCUCAUUAACGGGGUCAGCGCGCCGACUUGCACGUCGGGCCGUUCCUUCGAUUCUCUCCGAUGGAGGACUUCACCAUCAGCAUUUCUAUCACCACAAUUACUUCAGUGGCAAUUACACGGCAAACAAUCCCUACUACCAACAAUGGGCAUACUCUAGUCAGCAUUACCAGCUGCCUCCACAACCACCAACAAGUCAACAGACGGCACAAAACGGCGGCCUCACGGCUGCAAUAGCCGCAGGUGGCGUCGCCAGUGUCGCCACUAUUGCACCACUGCAAGCAUCCGCCCCCAUUGGGCUUCAGCAGACUGCGCUGCCGCAAGCCACCGGCCCGGUUAGCGAGGUUAUGCUCAACCCGGGAUCUCUUGAGGAGACGAUGACUCCCUCCGCCCUGACGGGACAGGGAGGGCUCGAGAGGCACCAUGGCUUCGCAUCGCACAGCGUUGGGUCGCUGCACCGAAGGAAGAUGCCGCCUCAGGUCCCCAAGAGAACGUGUUCGAUGCAGAGAAACCUCUCGCCGAUGUCCGGUCUGCGGGGCUCCCACUGUGAGUCGACGGGCUCGGAAACAUCGCUUGUACUCGAGACCUCAGUCAGUUCGCACGGUUCCUCCUCUGACCUGCAGUCGCACCACUCCCAUUCGCCCCUCUGGGGCGCAUCUGGCGAGGAGCACGACACGGCCGACAAGCGGCUAUCGAAUAUAUCGGAGGACACGUGCGACACGCCGGGAUACGCUGCUGGCAAUUCGCAUGCUGCAGCCGACGCUUUACUUAUGUAUCCGUCGCAAAGCAACAGCGGCCCCUGCCACAACCUCGGAGCUCUCGCGUCGCCGGCUGAAACGCCCAGCUUUAAUCCCGCCGACUUCAAGCAAAAGGAAAUCGAACGCAAGCGACACUACCGUGUCGGACUCAACCUGUUCAAUAAGAAGCCCGAACGGGGCAUUCGCUAUCUAAUAGAGAAGAAUUUCCUAGAAGGAACACCGCAAGCAGUGGCUCGCUUCCUUAUGACACGCAAGGGACUCAGUAAGAAUAAGAUCGGCGAGUACCUUGGCGAUCGGCAAAACCCAUUCGCAGUGCAGGUACUCGAAUGUUCAGUACGCGAAAUGGAUCUAUCCGGCAUGCAGGUCGACGUCGCCCUCCGGAAGUUCCAGUCGUACUUCCAAAUGCCGGGCGAAGCGCAAAAGGUAGACCACGUGAUCCAGAUGUUCUCACUGCACUAUGCUGAUUGUAAUCCUGACCUUGUGGCACAGUUCUUCAAGAACGCCGACAACGUUUUGGUCGUUGCGUUUUCCAUUGUUAUGCUCAACGUCGACCUGCAUAAUCCCUCGCUAGCGGAGCAUCGUCGAAUGAAGGUCGACGACUACAUCAAGAAUCUUCGAGGCGUCGAAGGCUUUGAAAAUGUCGACCGAGCUACGCUGGCCGGUAUAUAUGACCGAAUUAAGAAGGAGGCAUUCCGACCAGGUAGCGACCAUGUAACUCAGGUAGCUAAAGUGCACGAGACGAUAGUUGGCGCCAAAAAACCGAACCUUGUGCUACCCCAUCGACGACUUGUAUGUUACUGCCGAUUGUACGAGGUCUAUGAUAUACAAAAGAAGGACAAAGCCGGCCAACACCAGCGUGAGGUGUUCUUAUUCAAUGAUCUAUUGCUCGUUAGCAAAAUUGCCAGCAAGAAGAAAGGAGCGAUAACGUACAGCUUCCGCCAAUCGAUACCGCUGGUUGGACUUAAUGUGACGCUCUUUUCCACGCCACACUAUCCAUUUGGAAUAUCGCUGUCACAGCGGGUCGACGGUAAGAUUGUGAUCACCCUAAACGCACGAAACGAGCACGAUCGAGAGAAGUUCUGCGAUGACCUACGCGAGUCGGUCCUGGAGAUGGACGAAAUGGAGGCGCUUCGUAUUGAAGCUGAGCUCGAGAAGCAGUCGGCGUCAUGGGCCAAUCAGGCGGAGAAUCGCGACAGCGGAGUAGCUACCGACGAGGACGUGCCUAAUCUUCAGCUGCCGAACGGCUCACCCGCGUCAGACAAGGCGGAUAAAGGGAGCAGUAGCAGCAGCAAUGGGGCUCAUGGAGGAGCUGGUGGUCUGAAGGGCAAGGGCUCCGCUCUGUCCAACUCACUGCUUGACCUCGCCGAGCCUCCGCUAGCCAAGCCGGUGCGGCGUGGCAGUGCGGGCUCGCUCGACAGCGGCAUGUCGGUUUCGUUCCAGUCAUCCGCUGCCAGUACGGCCAGCAGGGACUCGUCCCCGCAGACCGUGCCCGCGUCUGCCGCGGCAUCAGCCGCCGCAGCUGCCAAUGCUUCUGGGGUUGCCGGCGUUGCAACCGGAGGCAUCAACCACCCUCAGCAUAUUCAACAUGUCCAACAUGUUGUCCAGCACCAGCACACUCACCAUCAUCUUCAGCAACACAACCAUCCACACAGCAUCCCCGAAGAGCAGAUACUUCAGCAACAGCAACCGCCGCUCGGCAAGGCCCAGGCGUACACGGGAAUGUUGAGACAUGGGCCAGGUUCCGUGUCCCAGCCGCCCCCGAUUGCCAAGGCCGGAAGCCUACGCCAAGCGGACACAACCGAUGUAUAGAGCGAGCGCAUGGAUUAACUUUAUGAACACAUUAAAUAAAUACAGUGACACUCGUGAAACAAGAUAUCGUUGGCAUCUUGUAACGAGUACUAACGAAGGCAAUAAUAGGUGAGGACAAGGCCGACCGGCAGGGGGACUACUCGCCGAUAAGGUGGGAGGGCGGGACAAUGCCGAUGAUAUUGGAUGGGUGGAUAAAUAUUCCAGGUCUACGUCCACCCGCGGUCCAUGCUCAUAUCCGUAUACGGUAGAUCCACAGUACGCACAGAUGUUGAUGAGUGGAGUCGUUAAUCUUUCUUUCAAGAGACCAACUAAUGGACAGGAAGAGUUCAUACUGGGGUGUUAUGACUUAAUAUUUUUGUCGCUUUUAUGUAAAUCGGUCUUCUGUUGAUGUCGUAGUGGUGAAGUAGCUCUCCGGUCGAAGGUCUAGAUGUAGUGCAUGUGGAUUGGCCGGUCGAUUUAUUCAUUGGUCAACUAAUUAAUUAAUUGAUAAUAAGUACCCGAAAGUGUUUGAUGCCAAUAAUAAAGCUAAUUUUUGCCAUGCUAAUUAAGCAAACGCAUGGAUCUAAACUGUAUUAUAGCAAUAAGAGUUGUGGAUGUGAUAAGCCUUCGGUUUCUUCUGCUAAAAUUAAAUCAAGCAUAUGGACGCCUUCCGGGUCAGGUUCGAAAAAUAAGAGUCCGAAUGGUCUAAAUAUGCGAUAUGCCACUGACCACUGAAUCUCACUGACUAUGCAGAAGUUGUGUACCAGCAUGCGGUGUAGAUUCGCUUGAUAGCAGCCAGUUCUAGCCAAAUAAUGGGAAAUACGUUCGCUAAGACAAAAACAUCGUACAGAUUCACAAUAGAUGAUAUUCUACGAAAACAACAAGUAAGCAAAAAACGAAACCGGCGCUCUCCGACGCCUCUCGAGGUGCGAAAUCCUUGCGGGAAAAUGUAUUGCUUAGUAAUAGCCCUGAUAUCCGGUGGUUCACGUAUUAAGCUACAAGGCAGAUUACGACUAGAAAGCGCCAUCCUUUGGCGGAUCGUCGAUUCGCAAAACGAAAGAACCGUGUUGUUCAGAGUACUUGUAUAUAGUUGAUGACAACAAACCAACGGAAGGGGGAUCGAAGCAAGACAAACCAACCAGCUACUAAGCAAGCGCAAUCAGGCUUGAUAAUAGUGGUAUAUAUGAUGAUGAUGAUGAUGAUGAUGAUGAUGUGUGUGUGGAAGACUAGGCUAAAGCUGAUGUACAAGGGGGGGGGAGGGGUAGAGUAUGGUGUUAUAGUAUGUAAGAUCUUAGACCCGUGAGGAUAUUGUGCGUCAGCUUUAAGCCAAAAGGCAGCCGAGCAAUUAUUCUUCGACCACUGUAGAAAGCAAGAAAGAACUAAAUAAAAUGGCAAAGAAAAACAUGAAAACAGGACGCGAAAUAUGAGAGCCGUACGACGCUCUCACAGAGUAGAAAAGGAAGCUAUAAAACGGUGAUCGAAGGAAGCAUAAGGCGAUGACGAUGGUGGCGGCGUACGGCCUCAAUUGUACGCGAUUUGUGUAUGUGGCGGUGGUCAAGAUAAUGAUGGUGACGAUGAUGGCGACGAUGACGACGACAUUAUAACAUGACGAUUGUUGCUGAGAGCUGGUUGUUUUAUUCCGAAGAGAAGAAUACACAAGAACGAAAAACAUACGGAAGAACGAAUCAUGAUGGUGAUCUCUGUUACGGAAGGUGACCAAGAUGAGGAAAAAGGACACCUGGGUUCGUGACUCAGCGUUCGAGUGCAAAAGGUCGACAAAUUUCAAGAAAAAAUACAGAUAGAAAAAUUAAGGUCUAUGGACACACAGCGUCAUCAAUCAUGUCCAAAGGUUUCGGCUGCGCUGAGGCUAAGACAUCGAUAAUGUAGCAAUAAGACUGGUAUAUAAUAACAGUAAUGAUGAUAGCAAGCUGGCUCAACUGUGCAAGGGGAGGAAGCGAAAUUGUUGUGCAUGUACCGAGUAGGUGUGUCAGUACGAGGCGAAUAUGUCUUACGUAGGUGUCGUCGACGUCCCUCAUCGCAGUCAACGCUCGAUGUUACUGUCGCCUAAAAAGUUGCCCAAAGCCGUUCGAUAUGUACAAAGACUGUUUAAUAUAUUCAUCAAAGAUCAGCAAAACUAAUAAACGAAAGAAAAUAUUAACUCAACGUGA